CUUCAAGUCUACCUUGCUCAAAAUUAAUACCAAACAUAUACCAUGAACCUCAUUAUGCAAUAAGUCCAUGUGAGAAACUCUGAAUGUGACAUUUUCAUUAUUUUCUUUUCUUUUUUUAAUUUUUUACUCUGAUCUCUUUGGAAUGCACUGAUAGUUUAUAUUUGAUUACUCUCUUAAUUUGUUUACCAAGAAAAGUGAAUUUAAUUCCCAAAACAGGCAACGUAAACAGCUGCUUCUUUAUUUCUAGUGAAAUUUGCGCAAAUAAAUCUAAUAACCACAGUCUGGUGUGAGAUCUCCUUGCUGCUGACUUGGGAAACCAGACACAGACUUUUUUUAAAAGAGCUAAGAUCUUUUCUUUCUUUCUUUAUCCUCAAAAAAAAAUAAAUAAAUAAAUAAAUUUAAAAAAUACUUUGCCUAACCUGAGAAAAUGUUGUUGAUCAGACUACUGGCUAUCUUCCUCGUCUUCAUCACUAACACGUGGCUGCUCAACCCGGUUCGCUCCGAUGCAAUCAGCCGGUACAAACGCGCCCUGGCCCGGCGGGCAGACCGUGAGAUCCCCAGGAUAGCAGGUGAACCCUGCACUGUCUCCGGCAUUUGGAGGUCCCGGCGGCAGCCCCGCUCCCUCUCCCCGUCCCAACACCGCCCUCCAGUGGCCCGUUCGAGGACGCACACGAGCCACAGAGAGCUGUACAGUAAGAGCGCUCCUGCGGUUUGUGCAGGAGGGUGCGGGUUUGACACCGGGGUGCACCGGGUCGCUCCGGCGGGGGAGGAGAGGGGAAGCUGGGGUGACACGGAAGAUGUGGCGGUGGCUGUGGGAGCGGGGGACGGACAUGAUGGCUUGUCUCGACGGGUCUAUGAGCAACGCUCGCCGAAUGACGGGAGAGACACAAAUUACGCCAGCGAAGACUUCACACUGCAGUCCGGGAAGUCUUUACUUAAAGACGCCGGGCGAAGCGUCUCUUCCUCCGGCCACGCACGGUCCUCACACGGCUCCCGCUCCAGGUUUGCUCGCAGCCUCCGAGGGACGCUUCCUUACGAGGAAACCAACUCCAGCUGGGAGAAAGUUUUACCCGACAGCUCAACAGAUUCCAAGGGGCUCCAGGGGCUCCGCAGACUGCAACAAGGAGAUGGAGAUCAGCAGCCUUCGACGGGGACUCUGGAGGACAGUAACGGCGACUAUUCCGGGGAGGUUGAAGAGGCGGAUCAGCCUGCGAGCCUGCCCGUCGGCAGCUCUUCUCCAUGGGGGAGCCCCGUGCCAAGGGUGCCCCCUUCUUGGAUGACCGCCCUGUACUUCAGUGGGCGCCGGGAGCAGCUAAAGGUGAAGCCGGCUGCAGGGGUGGAGCUGCCGAGGGCAAAGUUCAGCCUGGAGCUGUGGGUGAAGCCCGAAGGAGGGCAGAGCAACCCGGCGGUCAUAGCAGGUGUGUUUGACAACUGUUCCCAUUCAUUGAGUGAGAAGGGCUGGUCAGUAGGCAUUCGCACUGUGGAAUCUGUAGGCGCCAAAGACGCACGCUUCUACUUCACGCUCCGUACAGACCGAGCCGUGAAAUCCACCACUGUCUAUAGCCACCAGCGGUACCGAACCAAUGCCUGGACUCACCUCAUGGCCACUUACAACGGUCACAACAUGAGCCUGUAUGUUGAUGGAGCUAAGGUGGGAGAAAGCAGUCUCCAGUCGGGUAAUCUCUACAGCCCCUUCAUGAAGACCUGCAGAACCCUCUUCCUCGGCAGUAACCAAUCAGAGCAGGGACACAGCUUUAGGGGCCAUAUAGGGGGCGUAGUCUUGUGGGGCUACGCCCGCUCUCACGAGGACCUGCUGAAGCGACCACUCAAAAUUGAUAAGAGCGAGCCUGUCCUGGCGAUGUGGGCUGACUUCACUAAUGUUGAACAGUUGUGGACUCCACACAAAGUUGGCCUUCACCCGACCAUCAUCACCACUCCUGUCCCUGAAGAAGAGCUCGUUUCCUCGUUCCUGCCGCCACCCUGUGGCCUGACGCCCUGUGACAACACUGACAUCAUCCUCGGCUACAACAACAACUGGCAGCUCCGUGCCCCAAAGCGGGUUCGCUACAGGAUUGUCAACCUCUCUAAUGACGAUGGAGGGGACCCAACUGUGUCGCAAGACCAGAUCCAGCUCCAGCACGAGGCCCUGACAGAGGCCUUUCGUCCUUACAACAUCACCUUAGAUAUGAGCAUACACACUGUCGAAAACUCUAGCCUACGACAGCGGUUUAUUCUCAGCAACUGUCGAAUUGGAAAGAUUGGUAACCGCCAAUGUGAUCCUGAGUGUGACCACCCAAGGACGGGCCAUGAUGGCGGGGACUGCCUCCGUCUGGGGCCCUGCUAUAACUGGAAGAGACAGGAUGGGGUUUGUAACAUGGAGUGCAACAGUAUACACUAUGACUAUGAUGAUGGAGACUGCUGUGACCCGGAUAUCACGGAUGUCCUCAAGACCUGCUUUGAUCCUGAGUCACCUGACAGGGCCUAUAUGAGUGUGAAAGAGCUAAAGGAGGAGCUACGCCUCAGUGGCACUGACAUACUCAAUGUUUUCUUUGCGAGCAACUCAGUGCGUGAGGAGCUGGCAGGCGCUGCAACCUGGCCAUGGGCAAAGGAGGCUCUUACCCAUCAAGGCGGGAUGGUGCUGAACCCAUCAUACUUUGGUACAACUGGUCACCACAAUACUAUGAUCCAUGAGAUGGGCCACAUCUUUGGGCUGUACCAUGUCUUCAAGGGGGUGAGCGAGCGGGAAUCCUGUGAUGACCCAUGCCAGGAGACCACCCCAUCCCUGGAGACUGGAGAUCUUUGCGCCGACACUGCCCCAACACCCAAAUCCAAAGUCUGCCACGAUCCCGGAGCCGUUAACGAUACCUGUGGAGUCACCAUGUACCAGGACACACCUUAUGAUAAUUACAUGAGUUACACAGAUGACAACUGCACCAACCAUUUCACUCCCAACCAAGUGGCUCGGAUGCACUGUUACCUCGACUUGGUCUACCAGAACUGGCUGAUUGAACGUCAACCUACCCCCAUCCCUCUGGCCCCAAUAGUGACUGCCCAGGGCCCAGAUUCUGUCUCUAUCUAUUGGCUGCCACCUGUUAGGGGACCACUUUAUCAAAGCAGCUCUGUUUUCUCUUAUCCUAGUUCCUCCUUCCAUGUGUCUGGUGUCAGCUGCGGAGAGUGUGAGAAAGACGGCGUUUUCCACCAGUACGCCCACGAGGCUACCUCACCUCGCAUCUGUGACACGUCAGGCUACUGGACACCUGAGGAGGCAGUCGGCCCACCUGACGUGGAGCAGCCAUGCGAUCCCAGUCUCCAGGCGUGGAGUCCUGAGCUUAGCCUUUAUGACACCAACGUGACAUCACCAUGUCCCGACACAGAGGGCUGCACCCUCACCCUGAAAUUUCUCUACCCCAUUGUCCCACACGCACUAACCCUCUGGGUCACCUACAUCUCUACGAACAAUCCAGCCAUAGCCAACAUAGAGCUGAUAACAGAAACGGGGAAUACCAUUAACCUCGGACCACAGCACGUCUUCUGUGACAUGCCCCUCACUUUGCGCCUCAACACCCACAACACUCCCAUAGCCGCCAUAAAGCUCUGCACCUUCGAUGAGAAGAUGGAGAUCGAUGCUGCCAUGUUGUCUUCGGGCCCCGGCAGCCCUCUGUGCUCCGGCUGCCAACCUCUGCUGUAUCGGAUUCACCGGCAGCCGCCUUUCACCGCCAAAUCCCCAUCCCCUCAGACCCAGCAGACGUACACUGACAGCUCCAUAAGGCAGGGAGAAAAGUACCAGUACACGAUCCAGGUGGAGGCCAAUGGUCUUCUCAGCGAUCUCUCCCCACCUCUCCUCUACACCUAUGGGCAGUCCUACUGUGGGGAUGGCCUCAUACAGGGGACGGAAGAGUGCGACGACAGUAAUCUGCUGGAUGGUGACGGAUGCUCGAAGAAGUGCCAAAAGGAGAUGGGCUUCAACUGUAACGGUGAACCCAGUCAAUGUUAUGUUUUUGACGGUGACGGCGUGUGUGAGGAGUUCGAACGGGGCUCCAGUGUUCAGGACUGUGGGUAUUUCACACCUUUGGGCUACACAGACCAGUGGGCAUCCACCGCAACAGCUUCUCACCAGGACCCCCACAACUGCCCCGCCAAGGCUGCCACGGGCGAGCCGUCGCUUACAAAGCUUUGCAGGAACCAGCUCCUUGAGAUGAGUGACAACCCUCCCACCGAUGCCUGGUUCCCUUGCACGACCCGGUCCGACGCAAAUAAUGACUUGGAACAUUCAUAUUGGCUGAAGGUGGGAUUUGUCCAUCCUGGGGUAGCAGCCUCUGUGAUGGUGUAUCUGGCAUCGGAUGGGUCCUGGUCUGUGGAGCAAUGUCGGAGGACUGCCACCAUCCUCCUCUCUGAUACUACUGGCAAGAACCACUCACUAGGAACACAUGACCUCUCAUGCCAUCGGAACCCGCUGGUGGUGAACGUGACUCAUGACCUCUCUCGACCCUUCUUCCUCACGGCCUCCGUCAUCCUGCUCUUCUCCUCCCCUGCUGUGGCAAUAGGAGGCAUCACCCUGAGGACCUCCUGCCACUUCAGCACCUUCGCCCUGACCGGCUGUUUGCGGCAGCCGUGUCAGAUGGACAGCUGCAAUCCUCCCCAGUUAGAGCACGCCUCUGUCAGGUGUACGGGAGGAGCGGAGUUGUCUCACUGCUCUGUUCAGUGUCACCGUGGUUUCAGUAUCACUGUCCUCAACGGCCGCGGAAUCCCACCCCACCAGAGACAGACAGCUCUGGAGUGUUUCCACGGAUCAUGGGAUCGUGUAGUUAGCUGUCAGCCUGUAGACUGCGGCCUGCCUGAUCAAUCUCACGUCUACCACGCCAUAUUCAGCUGCCCCUGGGGAACCACCUUUGGUAAACAGUGUUCCUUCACCUGUGGAUCGCCAGCAAUACUACAAGGUGACAGUGACAGGUUGGUGUGUUUGGAGGACGGCCUGUGGUCUUUCCCAGAGGCCUACUGCAAAAUAGAGUGUCCAGAGGUCCCAAGCAUACCCACUACCAAGCUGCUAACAGCAGACUGCCUGGCCUCAGGGCAUGAUGUUGGCUCUGUCUGCCGUUACAAAUGCAACACAGGCUUCUAUGUAAUAGGGAGUCUCAAAAAGAAGACACCGAGGAAAUACUUCAAGUUGGAGUGCCUGGAGGGGGGACAGUGGGAGAAAACUGGCUGUGAGCCAAUAUCCUGCCCGGCCCUACCUGAUGUAUUCCAGGGCAUGUAUACCUGCACCAAUGGCCUGUACUAUGACAGCCUCUGUACCCUAAAGUGCCCAGACGCUUCAGAAAAUAUUGCGAUUCGCUGCACUAAGGACGGUAAAUGGACAGCACAGUUCACCAUGUGUUCCAGGCUCCAGGGAUCCUGCUCUGCUCCUCCCGACCUCAACUCUGUAGAGUACAGCUGCGAUCUGGGGAUGGAUGUCGGUGCUGUUUGCUACCCAACAUGUGUAGUGGCUCUGGACAUGGAUCUGCGUGACCCGGUGGUUCUGCCCAAUGGCACUACAGCUGACUCUUUAAAGCACUGGAUGCUGCCCACUAAAGUCCAGAGCAUAGUCUGCACAGGGAUGAUGAAGUGGUACCCUGACCCUCAACACAUCCAUUGCAUCCAGUCAUGUGAGCCUUUUGGAGGGGAUGGCUGGUGUGACACCAUCAACAACCGGGCCUACUGCCAGUAUGACGGAGGAGACUGCUGCCCGUCCACACUCUCCACCAGAAAGGUCAUUCAGUUUGGGGCGGACUGCAAUCAGGAUGAGUGCACUUGCCGUGAUCCGGACGCCGAGGAGAAUAAGAGCAAAGCCAAACACUUGGGAGGAGGAGGAGGAGGAGGAGGAGGAGGAGGCGGAGGAGGAGGAGCCGGAGCCGGAGGAGGAAUGCAAUAAGAUGGAGGGAUAAAAGAAGCUGAACUUGUGUUAAACAGAGUCAAACCACAAGCUACACACCACAACAAACAAACAAAAAAUAUCUGAUUUUUAACAUUUUGUGACGCAGAGAAUGCGACUGAAGUCAGGCCAUACAGUGAGAGCCCUUUUUUUUAAUUCAAUCAAAAGCAAUAUUGUUGUUAAAAAGCAUCACGAGUGGUUUAUACAUUUGAUUUAUGCGUUCCAGCUUCAAUCCAGUCAAAUAAUAUCCACAAGUAGAUGUAAUGUUUUCUUUUCCUGUUAAGAGGUUAAGGGUUGUCUUCACUGCUGGAUUCGGGUAAUAGCAGAAAAUGAUGUUUUAAGAAAUACAAAAAGAAUAAAAAUAGGGCGCAUUAACGGAGGAAAACACUGAAGUCUGGUUCAGUUCAGGUUAUGAAAAAACCCUGUUGAUCCACUUGUGUAUAAAUCAAGUCGUCAUAAUUGGAUCAAAUCACUAUUGUCUAUGGAUUCAAGUACUUUUCUGGAGUUGAUUAAUGUCAGGAUAAAGAAACCAAAAAGGACUGACUGUGCCUGAAAACAUUUAAGCACAUGCACAGUCCUUACAGUGAGAGUUAUUGCUACUAACUACCUAAUUAUACUGUUAGAUGGAAAAAUAUUAGCGUCCAAUAGAAUUUUCAAAGUAGGUUACUCAAAUCAUACCGAGGUCCAUACCGUAUGCUCAUUUUAAAAAGGCACGUUUGUUCAUUUUAACUCAUCUGAUGACUACUCAAGAUAUAUAAGAUUUAAGUCUAUAUGAAAAAGGAAAAGACAACAACACUUAAAACAGUUCAAAUCUUCAUCAGCGUGCUUCAGAUCCUUCUACAAAACAGUUCAGUCAUACCAUUAGCUGUUAGGAAUGUAAAAGGAUACACACUGUAAAAGACUAACAUGUAUAGACUAAUAUAUUUGGAUCACCUAACAUAUCUACUAGAUCACGUAUUAGUCACACGAAGUCGACACACUAUUUAUAUCACAUGUCCAGUAAUAACAUCAUCAUUUAUGUGUGCCGUACAGCAUGUGCGCAGGGCUUUCAUGCUGUCGUAUUCAUAUUUACACAAACACUCUUAUCUUACACACUAUGAAAGAAACAAGCUAUAAAAGAGAAACUCUGGAAAAAAAAACCAAACCCAAUAUCUUUGGGACAACCAGCCAUGCCUUUUCUUUUCAGCUCAACACAGAUUUCUGCUUGCAUAUAUUGUAUGUAUGUCAGAAAUAUUCUGCUAUCCAUUAGCCAGAAAUGAUGAAGUAGCCCAUCCAAAUAUUGUAUCUAUAAAAGUGUAAUCAUUAUUCUUUGUGAUAUUUUACAAUACUUUAUACUCUAUAUGAAAUAAAUAGCAACUUUAUAUCGACCCCUUUUAUGUCUUUCUGCUGGUUUAUUUGAUUUGUUUGUUCAUAAAGGAUGUGUCUUUUGUUUGUUUUGUGCAUGUACAAAUGAUGUUUGAAUAAAAUGAAUUCCAGUUA